UUAUCCAGACUUGUUAAUAGUAAUCUUCUUUACAAUCAAGCAGAUGGAGUAUUGGAUGAUUUGUUGUCCAAAAGGUUGAAAUAUAGAUCAAAGCAUACAGAUGAAUUUCAAACGCUGAUGCAUGAAUUAUAAUUAGAUUGACAAUUUUUUCAAUUCUGAAAAAUUUGAUAUCCCUUUUAACCAAGACAUAUCCACUCUGAGAAACAUGUUUAAUACUGAAAAGAAAAAGCUUAAAAGAACUGAUAUCCACAAUCAAGAUUAUCUGUUUUAUGGGAUACUAGAUUUCGUCAGCAAGGUUGAUGAGAGCAAAACCAAGUAUAUUUUGAAGGACGAUUUCUUGAAGUGGAAAACUAGUCUUAUAAAAAAGGCAACAUAUUCUGAUGAAGCCCCAAAUACAGCUUAUAAUUUCACCAAAAGCGUUUUACGAGCUUCAAAUUUUGAUGAAGCAAAGGCAAAAGAAAAGGAAGCUAAGAAAUCACUCCAAAAAGACGACACUGAAUACAGGCAAAAAAAGAAAUGUUUGCAGCUACUCAAACUUCAAAGAAAGAGAUACAAAGAAAAAUUGUCUGAUGAAAACGAGUACUCUUUUAUUAUCAGUUAUUUUAGCAAAGUAUUUACCACUGUAUUUGAUGCAAAAAAAAAUUUCUGGCAAUAUAAAUGGGGCGAGUUCAAAUUAGCCGCUUCGAAGGAAGAGGAAAACCUUGCCAAAAAUGAUGAUCAAAAUAGGGCACAAGGCUCUUCAAUUGACUGUAUCGUAUCUUCAAAAGAACUAGGCUUGGAUUUUGUGUUGUUAGAAGUUUCUGGUUCGAUGGAUAAAGAAGAUUACGUUCACUUUCUGAAGGAUCGACUAAAGAUUGCAAAGAAUUUAAAAUACAUUUUCAAAAGUAUUUUAAGACAGAAAUUAGUUGUAUCUGAUGCUACAAAUCUCAAAUUAUAUGGUAUUCAAGUCUACAGGGAUGUGAUUUAUGUUUACGCCUUAUUAAUGCCAAUCAUGAACAUGUUUUGCUUUGUUGAAAUUUUGAAAUUCAAGAUACCGACACGCUCAAUCACAUAUAUCAAAGACGUUCCCAGAUACAUCAAAUGUCUUUUUAGAACUCUUAACUUUGCUUUAUAUGGCCACCAUGCGCUGAAGAGUUAUAUGACACAACAUGGUGAUUAUGAAUCUGAUCAAAGCAGUUCUGACAAGGAUAGCUGCCUUUCUCCGCCAUACAUUUCACCGCAGAAAGUUACUAACAAAAGAAAGGAACCAAACUCUUCAGCAACAAUCAACAAAAAACAAAAGUUUUAAAAAUUAUACAACUGGCUCCGUGACUAUGUCUUGUAGUUGAAAAAAAUAAAAAAGACAGAAGCUUCUCUUUAAAAAGAUUGGGCAAUUAUUUUUUUUAUUCAUUAAACAUGUAU